CCGCAGCUCCGAGGAAAGGGCGGCUGCGCUGGUUUUCCUGUGCGCCUGCUCCGCGCGCCUCCAACCGGAGUCCGGCGGAGGCGGCGCUUCAGCCGAGUCUGCGGCUUCCCUUCCUUGCUGGCGGCGGCCUGGAGCAAAGGGCGGGUGUGCCGGCGUCUCCUUCUGGCUCAGGUCCGCAGGCUCCGGGGCUCGGAUCUUCGACGGCGGCUUCCGAUCAUGGGCGAUCCACAGCCGGUGGAGAUCGACGGCGGCAUCAUGGAAGGGGUGAGCUGGGGAUUACGCGCGGGGCCGGCUGCCUUUCUCGGGGUUCAUAGCCGCCAUGGACCUGAAUGAAUGGGGUUUUUUGGGGGGGACUGGCGCGGCCUCCAGGUAGAUCGGAGCUGCAUUCUUGGAUAUUGGGGGGGGGGGCGUCUCCCCUUCGAUCCCCUGCCGUGGAGCCGCAUAACCCCUUGCUUGGUUUUCCCAACGGGAAUGCCAAACUGCUUGUGUUUACCUUUCUCCUUACCCCACCCAGGUUACUUAUAGUAGGCUGCAGCCCCGCUCGGUGGGGCUUGCUUCUGAAUAGAACAGUAGAGUUGGAAGGGGUCCCUAGAGUCAUCUAGUCCACCCUCUGCAAUGCAGGAAUCUCAGCGAAAGCAGCCAUGACAGGUGGCCAUCCAAUCUCUGCUAAAAAUACAUCCAGGAAAGAAGAGCCCACCACAUGGGUAGGCAAACUAAGGCCCGGGGGCGAGAUCUGGCCCAAACGCCUUCUAAAUCCAGCCUGCAGACGGUCCAGGAAUCAGUGUGUUUUUACAUGAGUAGAAUGUGUCCUUUUAUUUAAAGUGCAUCUCUGGGUUAUUUGUGGGGCCUGCCUGGUGUUUUUACAUGAGUAGAAUGUGUCCUUUUAUUUAAAAUGCAUCUCUGGGUUUUUGUGUAGCAUAGGAAUUCGUUCAUUCGCCCCCCCCCCCCCAAAUAUAGUUCAGUCCCCACAAGGUCUGAGGGACAGUGGACUGGCCCCCUGCUGAAAAAGUUUGCUGACCCCUGGCCCACCACCUCCCGUUCCACUGUAGAACAGCUUCUUCCUCUCAAGAGAGUUUUUCCUGAUGUUUAGUCUCCUUUCUUGUAACUUGAAGUCGCUGGUUCGAGCCCUGCUCUCCAGAUCAGGAGAAUACUGCCAAAUUUUCUCCUUGCUCAGGGUGCCGUAUUACCAAAGUCUGCCCCUGGUUAGUAGCCCACCUUUCAGGUGUGCUGCUGCAAGUCGCAUUUAUGACAAAAAUCAGAAAGCGCUUUAAAAGCAAGUUGCAGUCAAAGGAAUAUAGGUGGCUGCCUUAUAAGCAGCCAGACCAUUGGCCAUGUAGCUCUGAAGUGUUGGCACAGACUGGCAGUAGCGCUUCAGGGUUUCAGGCAUGGAUCUGUUCUAGGCCUUCCCUGAGACCCCAGUAACUGAGCAUGCGGUUGUUUGCAUAAAAAGCACGUCCUCUGGCACUGACUUACGCAGCAAUGAACCUGCUAGCACACUUGCAAAGCUAGACAGUAUGGUUUCAAAUUGGAUGGGGGACCACAUGUUGAGAUUCCUGCCUUGCAGGGGGUUGGACUAGAUGACCCUGGGGAGCCCUUCUGACUCUACAAUUCUGUUAUUCUACGGCCUUUCCCCGAAGACCUCUGCCUACCCACCCGGGUACCCAGUGGGACUUGUGUCCGCAUGCAUACAAAUAGACUGGGUAACUGCAAUAGCAGGACAGUACUUAAUUUCUGGAAAGAGGAGCAGUCUGCCUGGAAACAGUGACGAGGCCGUACCUGUAUGACAGUCGCUUCUAUCUGUGGCAAGUAUUGAUCCUCUCUUUUCUUUUCAGGGUGGCCAGAUCCUGCGCGUCACCACGGCUCUGAGCUGCCUCUGUGGUACGCCCUUACAUGUGAAAAAUAUCCGAGCCGGCAGGAGUCAGCCUGGCCUUAGGUAAGUCUAGGAGAACAAUUGUCAAAGCGGUUUGCUUUAGGAGAGGCAUUGGAGAACCUCGUUGCCCCCAACCUGGCAGGCCAGCUUUGAUAGGACAGCCCACCUGUCAAUCACCUCACCCCAUGAUGCUCUGCAUCUGGACAGUAUCGCUUCAGACUGCAGGUUGGGAAUAUCAGCGGGACUGAAUGCGCAUCCGUUUUGCAUUGCAAACCCAAGUCGGGGUGGACAAUCAUCAAGGACCACCCUGCUGAGAGCCUGAGGGUCCUGCUCCUGCCUCUAUCUAUCUGAGCCAGUGUGGAGCCUGACAGGCUUCAUAAGGACUGGUGUUGCUGCCCUGCAGAAAGUACUGCUUUUUCUGUUAAAUUGAUUUUAAUUUUUUUUUUAUGUCCUUUUCAAUCAUUUUAAAAAGUGAUUUAACUGUUUUUAACGUACAUCCUCUGCCAUUUUAAAAUGUGUUUUGGGGGAGGGUUGUGGUUGUUUUUGCUUGAUUGUGUGCUUCGUGGUUUUGUGUUCUGAUUUUAUCCUGUGAACUGCCCUGAGGCCUAUGGGUAUAGGACGGUAUAUAAAUUCAAAUAAUAAUAGAUAACACUUGGGGAGAUAACCUGUGACUCUUCAGCUAUUUAUUUUAUUUAUUGCUAGACUACAACUCACAUCCUCCCUGACCUUUAGCUGCGCUGAUGGUUGAUUGGAAUCCACAGUUUGGAAGCCCGCAGAGUCUCCAGUCCUGUUCUAGGGCAAGAUUCUCCCCGACACGCUCAUUUUCUAUGUGUAGGAAUCUUUUGUUGUUCUUGCUGGGUAGCAUUCAAUCCCUCUUCCCAGGGAAUUCUGCAGCUGUGAUAGCACUGGUUUCCUCUUUCCCUGGAAGAUGAUUGCUGCUAUGACCACUAACUUUCUUGGCCAGGGACAAUGGCUGCUCACCCUGAGCUUGCAGGCAAGUUACUGUUUGCACCUCUGGUGUACUGAGAAGUUUGCACCGGACAUGCAAAAAUCUAGCAUUCUUUGCUACAUGAGUGCAUACGCAGGCUUUGCUUCUGUUCUAACUCAGUCCUCUUGACUUGAAGGCCUCAGCACCUGUCAGGAUUGAAAAUGGUUCGCGACAUAUGCAACGGGCAGAUGGAAGGUGGAGAAAUCGGAUCGACCGAAGUCACUUUCGUGCCAGGGAAGAUCCAGGGUGGAACCCACGUCGCGGAUACCAAAACAGCGGGGUAUAUCUCUGCGACUUCUUUGGGUGCUGAUGUAGCAAUUGUUAUUCCGUGUUCAAGAGAAAUUUUACAUAACAGAAUGAAAGAAAAUGGAUCCAGUAUUGACAAGACACCUUACCGGCUUAAAAUGCCGAUCAGUCAUGUUUUUUCUUGCUGCCUUUCAGGUCGAAUUUGCCUUUCCUUGUAUGCACAAGUUGCUGUGUAUAGACGUUACCUGCUGCGGGUCCACACCCUCAGGUGGUGAUGUCUUUGCCGGACAUACCGUAUUUUUCGCUCUAUAAGACGCACUUUUCCCCUCCUAAAAAGUAAGGGGAACUGUGUGUGCGUCUUAUGGAGCAAAUGCAGGCGGGAGGCUCUGCUCAGCACUCCCUUUAAAGAGCCGCGUGGAGCGUGCGUGUGGCUCUUGGGGGCUUUUCCCCGAGGAGGGAAAAGGGCUGCCCUCCGCGCGCUCUUUAAAGGGAACGUGGCUCUUGGGGGAGCCUUCCUCCCGCUGCCCGGGAGAGGCUGCAUGCGGCUAUCCCAUAAGCCAGGACAGCAAGAGGGAUCACUGCGCUGUCCUGGCUCCUGGUUUAGCCACGCGCAGCCUCCUCCGGGCAGGGGGAGCCUUCCUCCCGCUGCCCGGGAGAGGCUCUGCGUGGCUGUCCCAGAAGCCAGAGCAGCAAGAGGCUAUCCCAGAAGCCAGAUCCCUCUUGCUGUUCUGGCUUCUGGGAUUCAGAAUAUUUUUUUUCUUGUUUUCCUCCUCCAAAAACUAGGUGCGUCUUAUGGUCUGGUGCGUCUUAUAGAGCGAAAAAUACGGUAAUUGUCCAGUUGGUUUCUCUGCCUCCUGGAAAUCCAGAAGGAAAAUGAAAUGUACUCAAAUGUACCAUACUUGGGGCUUUCUGCCACAUGCACCUUGGUUUUUAUACCUCACCAAGUUGCCUCCUUGCACAAUCUUUAUUAGUAAAGCAGAUGUGAAACUGGUGGCAAAAGAAAUUCGUGGAAAGGGAUGCCAUGUUUGAGUUAGAUUGAAGCUGUCUUGGGGAAAACUGCAUCAAAAUGCAGUGUUUCACCAGAAACCUCAAGAUAGCUCUGGAUCUUGGGUGGCACGUAUUCAUGGAUUUAAAAAACAGCAACGGAAGUGCACUGGAGUCAUAAUAAAUAGUAAUAUUUACAGUGAUGUUUAUAGCUUUUCUUCGCAAGCUCUAAACACUGGGGCUGGAUUUUUGAAGCUUUGUUAACUGGGUCGUUUAGCGAACAGAUUUUCUGUGAGCUGAGCAGUGUGUGUGUUUUAAAGUAUAACUGUUUUGUAAAGUUCAUCUCUGUCGCUGGUAGAUAGUGUGAGAUGUAAUCCGUUGGAGCAGUCAAAUACAAUAUUCCUUGUUUCCCUAGAGUGGACACAGACAGGGGGAUGUUACUCCAGCUAGUAUAACAUCCUGUUACACCUGGUCUGGAGCAUCCUCCCCUUACAUGUGACCAGGUAGGUGGGCGUGACCCUUGCAGACCCCGCACCAGGUCCAGUCACGCAGCCAUCUUCCUUUUUUACCCUUUUGCCUUGACUGUUGUGUCUUUAUUCUUUUGAGAGGGAUCAAAGGGGACUUACCAGGAAUAAAUCCAAUCUGCGCAUGCCAGACUGGAUUGCUUAGCUGAAGAGAUUCAAACGAAUCUGCAAACCAGCUUCCUGCUGUAUAAGGCAGGCAUGUUCAAAGUGUGGCCCGGGGGCCUAAUCUGGUCUGCCGAUCAGUUUAAUCUGGCCCCUGCGGCAGUUAAUUUCCUGGGGUAAAAUCCUAAAAGAAGGUCAACAACUUCAAUCCUAAAAUAAAGGUCAACAACUUCGGUCGGCCCUCAUGCAUGUUCAUUUCAUCAAAUCUAGCCCUCAUUGAAAAAAGUUUGGACACCCCUGGUAUAAGGGGAAUUCACUCUGCUACUUGACUCACUAGCAUGAGUGAAGGAAGGAUAAUAUUUAAUAAUAAUAAUAAUAAUAAUAAUAAAAAUAAAAAUAAAAAUAAAUACAAUUUAUUAUUUGUUCCCCGCCUAUCUGGCUGGGUUUCCCCAGCCACUCUGGGCGGCUUCCAACAAAGAUUAAAAAUACAUUAAAAUUUUACACAUUAAAAACUUCCCUGAACAUUUAGAUGUCUUCCAAAUGUCAGGUAGUUGUUUAUCUCUUUGACAUCUGAUGGGAGGGCGUUCCACAGGGCAGGCGCCACUACUGAGAAGGCCCUCUGCCUGGUUCCCUGUAGCUUUGCUUCUCGCAAUGAGGGAACCGCCAGAUGGCCCUCCUCUUCUAUAUCCUCUCCUACUAUCCACAACAUUCCCACAGAUAGAAAAUUGCAUCUGGGAGUUUGGGAAUCCCCAUUGGCUCCAGUCCCUCCAUAAUAAAGAACACAUUCUGUCUAUGUCUCAUUCCCGUUGCAGGAGUGUCUGCCUGCUGAUGCAAGUUGCAAUGCCCUGUGUGCUCUUUGCAGCCUCUCCAUCGGAGCUCCGUUUGAAAGGUGGCACCAAUGCAGAGAUGGCUCCCCAGAUUGACUAUACGGUGAUGGUAAGUUGACCCUUCCAUCUUUGCAGCCCAAGUCAGUCCUUUGCUUCAUUAGACUUUGGCAACAACGUUACACAAGAAAGCUACAUCCGAAAUACAUUGCCACCAAACGGUUAAGUGGACCUAAAUUCCAGAAAGUGGAGAUAAAGCCACAAAAAGUUACUAGUUCUCAGUUUUCCACAUCCACCUGCUUUGGCGUUGUGGCAUGCUGUUGGCAGGAAGGAGGAAAGAAUAAAUUUGUUUUUGGUAGCUUCCCUGACCAGACUACUUGAAUGGUCUGAUGCUGCAGCUACGAUGGUAUGGCUCUGAGUAGUCCUUUGUCAGGCAGAUGUCAGAUUUGUUGUUGUUGUUUAGUUGUUUAGUCGUGUCCGACUCUUCGUGACCCCAUGGACCAGAGCACGCCAGGCACUCCUGUCUUCCACUGCCUCCCGCAGUUUGGUCAAACUCAUGCUGGUAGCUUCGAGAACACUGUCCAACCAUCUCGUCCUCUAUCGUCCCCGUCUCCUUGUGCCCUCCAUCUUUCCCAACAUCAGGGUCUUUUCCAGGGAGUCUUCUCUUCUCAUGAGGUGGCCAAAGUAUUGGAGCCUCAGCUUCAGGUUCUGUCCUUCCAGUGAGCACUCAGGGCUGAUUUCCUUCAGAAUGGAGAGGUUUGAUCUUCUUGCAGUCCAUGGGACUCUCAAGAGUCUCCUCCAGCACCAGAAUUCAAAAGCAUCAAUUCUUUGGCGAUCAGCCUUCUUUAUGGUCCAGCUCUCACUUCCAUACAUCACUACUGGGAAAACCAUAGCUUUUACUAUACGGACCUUUGUUGGCAAGGUGAUGUCUCUACUUUUUAAGAUGCUGUCUAGGUUUGUCAUUGCUAGGUUUGUCAGAGCAAUGACAAACCUAGAUGUCAGACAGUCCCAUAUAAAGGCAGAUUAUUUCUUUUAUAUAGGCAGAUUUAUUUCUUUUAACUAUAAUAAACGCGUCUUUGUCUGAUCACUUGGAAAUAAUUCUCACUUGUCACAGGUGACUAUGUGAAUGCUUGUCUACCAGCCUGGUCACUUCUUGAAACCAUUCAUUCAGGUGCUAUAACUUCUUAUUUGUUGAAACAGAUGGGAUUGUAUAAGUAGCACAGUACGCCUGACUUCAGAAUUGUGGUUCCUUCAGAAUUUUCUUUGCAGUUCAUUUUCUUGAAAGGCAUGCUUCAGAAGAAUGCAACUUCAAACCAUGGAUUGUUUAACUUACCUGGAGUUUAUUUUAAACCAAGAUAUAUGUAAUGACAAACCAGGAUUUGUGGAAACUAAAAGUCAGCACUGCCCAUCGACUCAGUUCAGACAUAAUGUCAAACCAUGAUUUUUCAUUAUGAUUUCUCUGUCAUGUGCAAGUCUUCUUCUAGUGUGCAGCAAGCCAUAGCUUGCUUUGCCUGAUUGCAGGAAACUGAUUUGCAAAAACUUUAUUUUGCCUGCAAGCCACAAUCAAACUGUGGUUUCAGAUAAUAGUUUGCAAAUAAAUAAUGAUUUGUGCAAAUCAAUGUUUUCUGCAUUCAGACAAAUUAGAAGCGGCUGCUUUUAAUCUACCUCCCCAUCACCGUUGCCAUGUGCAAAUGAAGGGGAAGAGGGAUUGUGAGAGUCUAAGACUUGUUUUUACCCUGUUUUUUAUUCUGCGAACUGCCCUGAGAUCUCAUGAUAAUAAUUUGUUAUAAAUCAUAAUAAGUAAUAAAAUAUUAAUAAGAUUGAAUUAAGCCACUACCUUACUAGCAAUUUUGUUUGUUUGACUUCUUGCUUGUUACCCAAAGGUUUCCAAGUAAACGUUUAAAAACAUAAAUACAUCAUGCCAUUAAAAGAAUUCAUGCAAAUUAACUAGUCGUCAUUUCUAGCUAGCUAUCUUUCUAUCGCUAUAUAUGCAGAGCUUUUUUUCAGCCAGAACUUGCCGGAACUCAGUUCCGGUACCUCUCAGUUCUGGCGCCAUUGCCAUUCUAAGAGAACAAGGGACGUGUUCAUGGUGAGUUUUAGCCCCUCUUUUUUCAGAAAAAUAGCACUGUAUCUGUGUAUUAUAUAUGCACAAAACAACCUCCCAUAGCAAUGACUGACGUGUGUGCUUUGGCAGCACACAAGUCAAAAACAACAACAUUCUUUUGACACUCUGACAGGGUGAUAGGAAGGAAUAUUUUGCUCACUAAAAUAUGUAUGUAUCUGUGUUUUUCAGCAAAUGUAUUUACUCUCCAGGUCUUCAAACCAAUGGUUGAGAAGUUCAAUUUGACCCUGGACUGCGAUAUAAAAAGGAGGUAGGUCUCAGGCUCUUCUUUUUGCGACUGUGAGGAGGAGAUUGGAAGCUUUUAAAUAACUGCAGUUUGACAUUGUGUUUGAACCUUGAACUGUGCUUAAAUAAGCCAGCCAUAAACUCUAGUUUUUAUUUGACUUGUUUCUUCGUUGCCAUGACAGGAACAUUACAUGGCCCAUAACCUGCUGUUUCUUGACAGGGGCUACUACCCCAAGGGGGGUGGCGAAGUGAUCAUACGGAUGUCGCCUGUUAAACAGUUGAGCCCAAUCGACUUAACCGACCGCGGCAUCGUGACCAAGAUACAUGGAAGAGCCUUCGUAGCUGGAGCUCUGCCAGUCAAAGUGAGCCUGUCCUCAUAUUUUUAGGGCCUGUCAUUUUAGGGGGUGAAACUCAAAUUUUUGCAAAUUUCUUUCAGUGAGGGGGCCACAAAGUUUUUGGGCGUGAGGCGUUCAAACUGCUCUUUAUUUUUUUGUGAUUGGACAACUCUCAGCUUGGUAAGUCCAGCUCAUUAACUGCUUUUGUAAAACCAAGGCAUUUUACUGUUACCUUCUGGAAAUACUAAAUAGAUUCUAUAUCAAUCUUAUUUUUUAUUACUAACUGCAAGUACAGUGGUACCUCGGAAGUCACACAGAAUCCGUUCCGGAAGCCCAUUCGACUUCCAAAACGUUCAGAAACCAAGGCGCGGCUUCCGAUUGGCUGCAAGAAGCUCCUGCAGCCAAUCGGAAGCUGCGUCGGAUGUUCGGGUUCCAAACAACGUUCGCAAACCAGAACACUCACUUCCGGGUUUGCUGAGUCUGGGAGCCAAAACGUUCGACUCGCAAGGCGUUCAGGAUCCAAGGUACAACUGUACUUGGCAAUCAUUUUUAAUGAUUUCUGUGCAAUUCGACACACAUUUUACUUGCCAAGCAGAACCAAAUUGUAUUAAUUUAACCAAAACAUCCUGUCAAAAUAUUAUAACUUUGUAGCACCCCUCCUUUUGGUGAUCUGUCAGUUGAAAAAUUAAAUGCACCCUCAUGGGAAAAUGCAUGUGUUCUGCUGCACAUGGUGAAUAAAAAAUAUGUGUAGCUACUUUCUUUCCAGCAUAUCAGUGAAUUUGUAAUGCAUAUGUAUGCAGGUGCCCACACAUAUUUUGUUAUAGAACCAGAAGGAGAAGGACCAUAGUUUUUUAUGGGGGGUGUCUCAGGAGCUAUCACUGGCACCUUUGAUUCAAAGAAGGAAUGGGGAGCAUGUGAUAAGUAAGACCCCUGCCAGAGACUCUGGGGGAGCUGAUGUUGGUGAAUCAGCCUGACCUGGAAUAAUGUAUCUUCCAGGGUCUCGUUUUUGUGACAUCGGAAUAGCACCUCUUUCUAAAUAUGCAGAGGAACCUAAUCCAGAUAUAGCCAGCCAGUGGGGUGCCCUGCAGACAUUAUAGGAUUCUAACUCCCAUCAGCCCCAAUGGUUGGGGAUGAUAGGAGUCCCAAAAACAAAUUUUGGGAAGGCACUACAUUAGCUACCCCUGACCUACAUUGUAUAGACAUUGUCUAAUAGGCAAGCGUUUACCAAGCAGUAACAUGCUUUGCGUAUAUGAGACACUUUAGCAAGCCAGGUGUCUGUGCGUCAACCUGCCGAGGAGUAAGGAGAAUUUUAUCGCCCGUUUUGUAUGGUAGAAGCCAUUUUCUACGUAGGAACUUCAGACUAUGGUGGAAAGCUCUUCUGUCGAGGUUUCAGUUGUUUUUCUUUGUUUGACUUUGUCACGUUAGUUAGCAAAAGACAUGGCGUCGGCAGCAAUGCGGUGCAUCAGAAAGGAAAUCCGAGACCUUGACGUCAACAUCGAGGCUGUUCGAGAACCGGAUAAUGAGGCCUUUGGAACCGGAAGUGGAAUAAUGUGAGUGGGCUCAAAUUGCAGGUUUCCGCACGCUCGCUAUCCAGAAAUUCACUUAUCUGCACUUUAAAGUUUUCCAAAGGCUGUUUUCUAUGCAUAACUGUUCCAACAUCUCACCCUCCCCCCUUCUGUUUAGAAUUGUUGCAGAGACUUCCACAGGUUGCUUGCUGGCUGGAUCAUCGCUUGGUAAAAGAGGUGAGGAUUUGGGCAAACAGGAUUUUUAAUUAUUAUUUUUUUGAAAAAGCUUCUAAUGGAAACUAAUUUGGCGCUCUGACAUGCUUCGUGGUGGUGUCUUAUUUUAUAUUAUCCAUGUUCUGCGUAAUUACGAUGUAAUAAUUACAGUCACUAAAAGGCCACAUUCUUGAGCUACGGUAGCUAACCUUUUUUUUUUUUGCACAUAGCUCACACAAGCACAAAACACUUGCCACACAUGCAGCACAGGUGUGUUAGGUUCUACCUGUGCUUCUUCUUCACACAGGUAAAAAUGCUGACAAAGUUGGAAUCGAAGCCGCCGAGAUGUUGCUUGGAAAUCUUCGACAUGGGGGAGCAGUGGACGAUUAUCUGCAAGACCAAGUAAGCGUUUCGUGUAGAGCUGGGAAGGCGAACCUUUUGCCCUCCUAGUGUGGUUGGACUCUGCUAGUCUGACCAAUGGCCAGGGCAGAGGGGAGUUGUGGUCCAGUAACAUCUGCAAGGCCACAGGUUCCCUAUCCUUGACACAGAGGUUCCCUCAUAUAAUCAUAGCUGUCAACUUUUCCCUUUUCUUGUGAGGAAUCCUAUUUGGAAUAAGGGAAUUUCCCUUAAAAAAAGGGAAAUGUUGACAGCUAUGCAUAUAAGGAAACAAGAGUUUGACAAGGUCAGGUGGAGGCACCUCCCAAAACGAGAAGGGCAGAAUAUUAGGCUUGUCGGUGAUCUUGAAAGGGCUGCACUCUGGCACCUACCUGGGAGUAAGUCCCCUUGUGACACGGGUGGCACUGUGGUCCAAACCAUCGAGCCUCUUGGGCUUGCUGAUCAGAAGGUUGGUGGUUCAACUCCCCGCAACAGGGUGAGCUCCCAUUGCUCUGUCUCAGCUCCUGCCAACCUAGCAGUUUGAAAGCGCACCAGUGCAAGUAGAUAAAUAGGUAGCACUGCAGCAGGAAGGUAAAUGGCAUUUCUGUGCGCUCUGGUUUCCGUCACGGUGUCCCGUUGUGCCAGAAGCAGUUUAGUCAUGCUGGCCACAUGACCCAGAAAGCUGUCUGUGGACAAAUGCCAGCUCCCUUAACCGUUAAAGCGAGAUGAGCGCCGCAACCCCAUGGUCGCCUUUGACUGGACUUAACCGUCCAGGGGUCCAUUGUGAGUUAUGUGGGCAAGGAGUGUUACUUCAACUGGCUUUCUUUAGCUGCCAUGGGAGUUGCAUCACUAAUAAUGAUGUGGUUUUUUUUCUUCCUCUCUCUUCUCAAGCUAAUCAUUUUCAUGGCUUUAGCAAAUGGCCUCUCCAGAGUGAAAACUGGACCAAUUACUCUCCAUACAAAAACUGCUAUACAUUUUGCAGAACAGCUGACAAAGGUGAGUGAUACAUAGUUUUCUUUUUUUUUUAAUGUCGGUUGAUGAGUACACACUUCACAGACUUGCUUUCUCUAGUUACCGUAGUUUUUGCUCCAUAACAUGCAUUUUUUUCCUCCUAGAAAGUAAGGGGAAAUGUCUGUGUGUGUUACGGAGCAAAUGCUUCCCUCCUCUGUGGCUCGCUUUGAAAGAGCAAAGCGGGAGAAGAGCCGCUGAGUGGGGAGGAGAGAGGGACAGAGAGCCUGCUUCUUUAAAGGAGCAAAGUGGGAGAGGAGAGGAGCCGCUUACACGAGUGUAAGCGGCACCUGUCCGGUUGGCUCCUUUAAAGCAAGCAGGCUCUCUGUCCCUCCUCCCCACUCAGCUCGCUAAGUAGCAGCAAAGUUUUUCAGCUUGCUAAGCCGGGGGGAUGAGCCGGGGAGGAGGGAGAGAAGCAGAGUCUGCUUGCUUUAAAGGAGCAAAGUGGGAGAGGAGAGGAGCCUUCUCCCCUUAUACCCCUCUCCUGCAUUAUUAGCAGCAUCCUCCACACACCCCACGCGUGUUCCUUCUCCCCUUAAACCCCUCUUCUGCGUUAUUAGCAGCAUCCUUCUCCACCCACCCCACGCGUGCUCCUUGUCCCUUGAGUGCUUUUCCUUCCCUCCCCACUUAAAAUGUGGUUACAAAGCACAGAUCCACAUGGAUCCUCAGGAUUUUUGCACUGGGUCACCCCAAAUUCACCAUCAGAUCACAUAGCAUGUCCAUGGCUACAAUUUGCACCAAAAAAAAUCACGCACCCACUGUUGCCUGGGGCCGCGGUGGUGCAAAAACGUGGUUACAAACAUGGAUCCACGUGGAUCUUCAGGAUUUUUGCAUUGGGCUACCCCAAACUCACCGUCAGAUUACAUGUCUGUGGCCACAGCAUGAACCACAAAAAUCAUACAUCCACUGUUUCAUUUAGAAUAUUUUUUUUCUUGUUUUCCUUCUCUAAAAACUACGUGCGUCUUAUGGUCGGGUGCGUGUUAUAGAGCGAAAAAUAUGGUAGAUAUUUUCAGUAGUUUAUGCUGCUGUUAUGGAAUAGUCUCCCUCAGGUGGGGGUCUAGCAAAGCCUCCUCAAGUCUGUUUAUAUGACAAGUUUACUCACGCUUUUAACACCUCAAGUUUUAAACUGAACGUUGUUUACUAUCAGUUUUGUAUUAUUAUUAUUGUUAUUAUUAUUAUUAUUAUUAUUAUUAUUAUUAUUAUUGUACCGUAUUUUUUGCUCUAUAAGACUCACUUUUUCCCUCCUAAAAAGUAAGGGGAAAUGUGUGUGCGUCUUAUGGAGCGAAUGCAGGCUGCGCAGCUAUCCCAGAAGCCAGAACAGCAAGAGAUAUCGCUGCUUUCGCUGCACAGCGAUCCCUCUUGCUGUUCUGGCUUCUGAGAUUCAGAAUAUUUUUUUUCUUGUUUUCCUCCUCCAAAAACUAGGUGCGUCUUGUGGUCUGGUGCGUCUUAUAGAGCGAAAAAUACGGUAUUUUAUUUUCAGAGCCUGAUUUUAAUAAGCAAGCUCCUGCACGUCAUGCAAUCAAAAAAGGUGGCUACACAUGUGCAUUUUAAAGAAUACGUUAAUAAACCCACUUUAUGACACUUAAAAUUAUUUUCAUUGCAGGCUAAAUUUACUGUGACAAAAUCAGAAGAGGACGCUUCCCCCAAGGAUGCCUACAUUAUCGAGUGCCAAGGAGUUGGACUGCUAAACACCAAUUUGUAGCUGCUGCUGUUUGUUGGAAUGGUUUAAUUAUUAUUAUUUUGGCUUUGUUUUUGUUUUGCCUUUAAAAAUAUUGCUGACAUCCUCAAGGGAGAAAAGUGUGAUUAGUGUUAGGUUUGAAUUAAUUCUAAUAAAGGACAUCCAUUUUGGGCUCUCUAGAUAAUAAAAAGCCUAUAUUGCUGCUGUUAAACACAGCAGAUGAUCAGUAUAGAUCACAGCAGAGUGGGGAAAGCGAUAGCUUCGGCUUUUAAAAACGGACUUCUGUGAUUCGGUCGUUCUUGUCCCCUGUUGGGAGCUGAUCAUAUGGAAUCCUUCACGUGCGUUGCAACAAAAAUGUCGACAAAAAGUCAUUUUCAGCAGUUUCUGUUCACAUCUCUCUUUUUAUUUCUGUAACCCUUUCUUGCACACGACUACAGAUAAAAAUAAAGCAGUCUCAACAGAUGAAGAUAUUUGCUACUUAUUACCAGUAAAAGGGCAGAGGUUUGCAAAUAAUAUGGGGGGCAUUUUCUGACGGUGGCACCUGUAUGACCUGCUUUGCAUCAAGUGUGCAGGUUCCGGAAAGGGAGAAUGUAGCUGUGUCCCUUCUCCCUGUGUCCAUUUACUGCUGCAAGCUUUGACUUAGUGCAGUUGCUCCCAAACUUGAAAACUGCCGAGGGUCUCGGUAUACGCGCUUAAUGAUAUUUCUGCCUGUUGUAGCAAUUUCAGUGCGCUGUGCUAGACGCCGUAUGCUUUAUAAUUGUGUUUUCGUUGCUCCUUUUCUUUCUUACGUUGCAUUUCUUGUAGCCCAGUUUGAGUUUCGCAGAAUUCAAGCUGUAACGCAGCACAGUGUGAGAAAGAGAAGAAGUGAUAAGAACGCCAUUAAAAAUCAGUGCGAAUAUUUAAGGCAGACAUGCCACAAACCCUUCACACUUGGCACUCUCCCAGUCCUCUGCAAUUUCUGGCUGUUUUUUUAAAAUAUAUAAAAUGUAUUGAAUAUACAUCAUCUCUCCAGCGUUGUCUGUACUUUGCCCCAUGUGCAGAGUUGGAACUCAGAAGGCAGAGGUGGGCAUAGUGAUAGUUGUUUUAAUUUGAUCAGUUACAUGCUGUUAGUACAACAUCAGGGCCCUGCUGAGGGGUGUGUGUGUGUGUGUGUGUGUGUCCAGGUGUCCCUAUUUUCCAGGGACAGUCCUGGAUUUACAGAAGCUGUCUCAGUUUCUGAUUUGAUCCCAGAAUGUCUCGCUUUCCCUUAGGACAUCCCUAUUCUCACUGGAGAAAUGUUGGAGGGUAUGGUAAGACGUCUCUGUUUUCAUCAGAGGGUAUGUAGUCAUGUAACCCCCGAGCCAAGGAGUUAAGUAACCAGUGCUUUUUUUCCCUGGGGGUACGCAGAACCGACACCUUUUUCCCCUAGAAGCAAUGUUUGGGCAACCAAAAUGGUCAAAGGCCUGGAAACGAUGCCUUAUGAGGAACGGCUAAGGGAGCUGGGCAUGUUUAGCCUGGAGAAGAGGAGGUUAAGGGGUGAUAUGAUAGCCAUGUUCAAAUAUAUAAAAGGAUGUCACAUAGAGGAGGGAGAAAGGUUGUUUUCUGCUGCUCCAGAGAAGCGGACACGGAGCAAUGGAUCCAAACUACAAGAAAGAAGAUUCCACCUAAACAUUAGGAAGAACUUCCUGACAGUAAGAGCUGUUUGACAGUGGAAUUUGCUGCCAAGAAGUGUGGUGGAGUCUCCUCCUUUGGAGGUCUUUAAGCAGAGGCUUGACAACCAUAUGUCAGGAGUGCUCUGAUGGUGUUUCCUGCUUGGCAGGGGGUUGGACUCGAUGGCCCUUGUGGUCUCUUCCAACUCUAUGAUUCUAUGAUUCUAUGUAAGUAACUAUACAACCUUUAGAAGACACCUGAAGGCUGCCCUGUGUAGUUUUAUUAUGUUUUUCUAUGCAGUGGUACCUCGGGUUACAUACGCUUCAGGUUACAUAUGCUUCAGGUUACAGACUCCGGUAACCCAGAAAUAGUACAUCGGGUUAAGAACUUUGCUUCAGGAUGAGAACAGAAAUUGUGUGGCGGCAGCGGGAGGCCCCAUUAGCUAAAGUGGUGCUUCAGGUUAAGAACAGUUUCAGGUUAAGAACGGACCUCCGGAACGAAUUUAGUACUUAACCCGAGGUACCACUGUAUGUUGGAAGCAGCCUAGGGUGGCUGAGGCAAGCCAGUCAGGCGGGGUAUAAAGAAUAAAAUUAUUACUAUUUUUAUGUUAUGGAAUAGGACAUCCCUAUUUUCAUCAGAGAAAUGUUGGAGGGUAUGUUGUGUUUGUGUGUGUGUGUGUGUGUGUGUGUGUGUGUGUGUGUGUGUGUGUUGUUGAUACUUUCACCCCUCCCAUUGCAAGAAUCUCCUGAUCUGAUGUUUUGAGAAAGGAGGGGGCGGAAACUGCUCUUCUACUGACUGCCUGACUGUGUGGAGAGAGUCUUAUCUAUGUAGUGACUAGAUGGCUGACUGGGAUAUGUAACACUCAUGCAAGCCAGUAGUUUGUUAGUUUGUAGUAGCUAUUAGAAAUAAAAGGAGUUAUGCUUCACAACUA